ACAGCUAGUUUUAUAAUUUUCAAACAAAAAGAAAAAUAAAUAUUUCUCAUAAAACAAAACAAUUAAAAACAAAUUGAACAGGAUCUUGGUGAAAACAUGGCCCUUAUAUCAAAACUACGCUUCUUAAUAAAACCAAAUCUUUUUAAAUUGCCUACAACCAUAAAUUUGAACAUUUAUCGUUUCAUUUGCGAGGAAGCUUACCAUGAAACCCUUAAGAAUCUAUGCAUAACCAAAGAAUCCAAAGUUAUAUGCCAGGGAUUUACGGGCAAACAGGCCACUUUCCAUUGCAAGGAGGCAAUAGCCUAUGGCACUAAAAUUGUGGGUGGUGUUUCUCCCAAAAAGGCUGGUACUAAACAUUUAGAUUUGCCCGUAUUUAAAUCGGUAGAGGAGGCUAAAAAGGCUACUUGUCCUCACGCCACAGUGAUUUAUGUACCACCUCCAGCCGCAGCCGGAGCCAUAAUGGAGGCUAUUAAGGCAGAAAUACCCUUAAUAGUGUGCAUUACUGAAGGUAUACCCCAGCAUGAAAUGGUUAAGGUGAAGCAGGCUUUGCUUACCCAAGAAAGAUCACGUUUGGUGGGUCCCAACUGUCCAGGUAUUAUAGCACCCGAACAAUGUAAAAUAGGCAUAAUGCCGGCUGUCAUACACAAACGGGGGAUGAUUGGAAUAGUAUCACGCUCGGGUACCUUGACCUAUGAAGCGGUUAAUCAAACUACUCAUUAUGGUUUGGGUCAAACCUUGUGUGUGGGUCUGGGUGGUGAUCCCUUUAAUGGCACUAAUUUUAUAGAUUGUUUGGAGAUAUUCUUGAAGGAUUCCGCCUGCAAAGGCAUUGUAAUGAUAGGUGAAAUAGGUGGAGAUGCAGAGGAAAAGGCGGCUGAUUUCUUAAAUGAGAACAAUUGUGGCGAUCCUCCCAAGCCCGUAGCUGCUUUUAUAGCUGGUCUAACAGCCCCUGCUGGCAGGCGUAUGGGUCAUGCGGGUGCCAUUAUUUCGGGUGGCAAAGGAGGAGCCAUGGAUAAAAUAGCCGCCCUAAAAGAUGCCAAUGUGGUAGUAACCAAUAAUCCCACAACUAUAGGCAAAGUUUUGUAUGAAGAAAUGCUGGAAAUGGAAAUUAUUAAGCCCCAAAUCAAAAAGCCAGAAGAAAAGAAACCAGAAAAGGGGCAGAAAAAAUAA